CCCACAUCGCAACCGAAGUGUAACUUAUCUGUUUCUGUUAGAUUUGUAUAGUACUUUAGUGAAACAGAGCCUACAAAUGUGUUACAGAGCCGCGUGUUAGGAUGUGAUAUCAUGGUGUCUGCGUUGCUUAUCUUCGGAUAUGCCGCCGUCUUCAUAGUGCCCGUGUUAUCGUGUCGCCCAAAGGAGUAUAAAACAAAUGAUGGAUGGUGCUGCCCGACGUGCAACGAAGGUAGAGUUGUUCAGAGAGACUGCACAGCAUUUUCAGGAACUCAGUGCCAUUCAUGUGACCUGGGGACCUUUAUGAACCAAACCAACAGCCUGUAUAACUGUUUCCCCUGCACUUCCUGUGACACAGGUCAUGGUCUCUUUGUCAAGCAGAACUGUACAGCAACAACUGACACAGUGUGUGAUGUUUUAAAUGGAUAUCACUGCAAAGAUUUGAUUGACAAUAACAGAUGUAGUUUGGCAGAGAAACAUUCACAGUGUGCAGCUGGUCAGAGGAUAAAAGAACCUGGAACCAGCAGAACUGACACAGUGUGUGAUGUUUUAAAUGGAUAUCACUGCAAAGGCUUGAUUGACAGUAACGGAUGUAGUUUGGCAGAGAAACAUUCACAGUGUGCAGCUGGUCAGAGGAUAAAAGAACCUGGAACCAGCACAAGUGACACAGUGUGUGAAGACUGUGAGCCAGGAUUCUUUUCCAAGGACGGUGUGAACUGCACGGCUUGGACGAUUUGCUCUGAAAGCCAGAUUAUAGUUGAAGAAGGAAACUCAACCAGUGACGUCGUCUGUGGAAGUGCACCAAGACAUCGUUAUGGUUUAAUUUCAUUUGUUGUGCUUUUCCUAAUAAUAGCAAUUUGCCUUGUGAUAACAGGAAUUGUGAAAGCAUGUAAGUACCAUCUAACCAGUGUCAAAUCUGCUCACUCUGCACAGCACCUACAGUCACUAACAUGUUAACAACUCUGUUUUUUCAGGAAUCCAGAUAAGAGCUGAAAAUAAUUGCUCAGGGACUACCGAUGAUGCCUGAGACUCGGGUUUCAUGGCCUGAUGGCAGAAUGCGAACCUCGUGUCUGUCACCUCUCCAACAUUUUAAAGGCAGGAGUGAUGUUCUGACAUUGAUGAUGGCUUCACCUGAUUCGGGACUCACUGUCCAACGUGUCAUGUACACAGAUGUGCACAGCUGUUUAAUCAAAGUGCCGCUGCAGUCAUCUGUUGAGUGUGCUGACCAGCCAUCACCAGUCCGGUUUUCUCUGCUUGAUGCCCGCUCCAUUACAGACAAACCACUUAUUCUAAAUGAUCUCUUCAUCAAGGAGUCUCCAGACUUCAUGCUCCUGACUGAGACAUUGCAGCAGGAUAUGGAUCAUGUUUACUUUGAGGAAAUCCGGACAGCUGGCAUUUCCGUCAUUGUAACUCAGUGUCUUUCGGGAUGUGGCAGAGGACUUUCUGCUGUGCACAGAUUCACAUGCAGGCUGAUGAAGUCAGACUCUAUUUCUUCAUUUAAGUUACAGAUGAUUAAUGUUGGUUCUAUGAAAACCUUUUAUUGUAUUUUAAUCUACCAACCUUCUAGAGUCUUUUCAGCUGAAUUCAGCAACCUUUCAUCGUCAGUCAUUACAUUGGGGAAGGUUGUAAUUCUGAGAUAUUUUAACCUUCAUAUCGAUGGAUCCUGUAACUCAGCUGCUGAGUCUUUGAACUGUAAGCACCAUGUUUCUGGCCCCACACAUAUAAAAGGCCACACGCUGGAUCUUGCUUUCUCCCUGGGUUUAAAAACAAAUGAUGCAUGUGUGAAAAAUGUACAUGUGACAGACCACAGCUGUAUAUUUUUUAGUCUGUCAUUUGUUCUGGAUCCUUCACUUCAUAAAUUGAUGAUUCAAAGGUGGAUUAUAAACCAGGAUCCUGCUGAGAGGGUCUCUGCCUUUUUUGAUGCCAACAUGACUCAUAGUGAUUUUCACACAUUUAUUUUGUCCUUUAAAAAUGAAUGUAAGUCUACUUUUGACACACUGGCACCCCUAAAACAAAGAAUUGUCCAAUGUUCAAGUUUUUGUAUUUGGAAAAAUGAACAUAUUAAUUAUUUUAGGAGAUAUUUGUACAAGUUGGAACAUUUGUGGAAGGCUUCCAAGCUCCAGCUUCAUGAGUUACAUGUUAAAGAAUCAGUUUCUUCACUAAAUGACAGGUCAAAAAAUGCCAGAAUAGAGUAUUUUUCUAAGCUUAUAGCUUCAGAAAAGAAAAAUCUUAAAGUCUUGUUUGAUACAAUUAAGAAUUUUGUCUCUCCCAAUAUUCCUCAUGCACCAGUGUUUUUAAAGUCUGAGUGCAAUAAGCUUUUGCACUGUUUUGUAAUUAAGCUAAUGAUAAACAGGCUUAGGAAUAUGUUUGGGAUUACUGGUGAUGUUUUAAAAUGGCUCAUGUCAUAUCUAUCUGGGAGAUCUUUUAGUGUUUUUAUGAAUCAGGUUAUCUCUGAAACAACAGUUGUUCCGUCUGGGAUACCUCAGGGGUCUGUUUUGGGUCCGAUUCCUUGUUUGCUUCAUGUGCUCCCUCUGGACCGAAAUAUUAGAACUCAUUCAUGCUGUAUAGAGUCUACUAACUCUUUAAAAGAGCAGCCAAACACAUUUUUGUACAAAGCUUGGUAUUUUAUGUUGUAUUAUAUCUUUAUGAUACAUUAUCCUUUUGUUUCUUGUAUAAUUGUGAGGCAGUUUAUAUUUAAAAAGUUACAAAAUGUAAAUAAAUUUUACUUACUCUCCUCUCUA